GGGGAAGUGAUUGGCUGGACUGGAGAGAAGUUUGAAAAUACUACAAAAAUGGAGGAUACGGGUCUGAGAAUGUGUUUAUAAAUGCAUUCGAUUGUUGCAGAAAUUGUUGCUCUGCGUUACAACUGAUGAAUUUCGGUUGUGUGUGAUGCUGUGGAGAUACUGGUUCUAUUGUUCAAUUCCCUGACUAAUUGUCGGACUUCAGAGACUCUGAGGAAAUUUUCAAUCGUGAUUAACAGGAGAAUCAAUUUUGCCGGAAUUGUGGACAUGGUGAGGGGGCAUGUUGAUGUAUCGGCGGUUGCUGAUCGCAGCCGCACUAGCGGCAUUAUCAUCACUGAUAUGUAUCCCAGCCACUGCUAACCUUCGAGGUACAUCUCGGUACUCAAUCUACCCCGGCUUCACGGUAUUCUCUGAUACAACAACGGUUACUGGUACAUCAACAACAGUUGUAUCAACAACAAUCGGAUGUCGUCCAUCGGAGUAUCGUUGCGACGACGGACGCUGUGUCGCACAAGACAAAUUCUGCGACGGCGAGGACGACUGCGCAGACAAAUCUGACGAGCCGAGAUACUGCACACCCUGCAAUAGGACACUGUACGGUGACGUCGGGAGGACGUAUGAGGUUGAAGUCAGACGUCCCCGGGAGGACAGACUGCCAUUCCUUUGCUACCUGAAUUUCACCGCUGCUGGGGGUGAUCUGGGGGAUUUAGUUCAGUUGACAUUUGACACCUUCACCGUCGGUAGAUUUCUCUCAUUCACGAAUGAAGGAUGUCCAGAUGGUUUUAUGACAAUUCGCGAGAAGGGAAGACCGGCAACUGGUGGCCAGUGGUGUGGAAGUGCUUGGGGAUAUACAGUAUACUACAGUGAAACACCUUCCAUUAAUCUCACCUUAUUUCUCGCCCGAUUAUCAGAGCAGGGUAUCGGAUACAACUUUGACUUCAAACUGUCGUACAAAUUUCUCAGACGUAGCGAAGCACAUUUACGAUACGGAAAUAGUACAAUGGCAACGUGGCGUGGUGAAUUGGUAAAUGGUACAUAUUGUGACCGAGUACUCACCAGAUGUGACACAAGAGCGUGUCGUCUUCAAUCACCGAAUUAUCCCGGUGUUUAUCCACGUAAUGUUACUUGCUACUAUCGAGUUGAGCAUAAUCGUGCACCACCUGGGCAUCGUGCACUGUUGGCAGUCAGUCAACGGAAUAGCCAUAAGAUACACAUCAAGGAUCAGGUUGUCAAGUAUGACAGGAGCCAGAGAAUCCUCAGGGUGUGGGAUCAGUGUAACGUUGUUCAAGAUUAUCUCACAGUUUACGAUGGUGGCUCAACAACGGACCGAGUCCUAGUAAGAUUAUGCGGUGGUGAUGCUGUACCCGACAUUGUAAGCAGCCGUAACACAAUGCUCCUUGAAUUCCACACAUCCCCCUACGACAAUCCAUUUCACCCAGUGCCCCUGUCAUUUCUCCCUGGUUUUGAACUAGAAGUACAAGUGUUAUUUGUCGACGAGAAAUCUCGUACAUUCGUCAAAGAGAAUGCAAAUUGUGACUUUCACAUAACGAGCUACGAGAGCCAAUCAGGAUUACUUGAGAAUCCAAAGCACUCAUUACCACCAAAUACAACAUGUCGUUAUCAUUUUCAAGGGAAACCCAACGAAAUUGUUUGGAUAUCGUUUAUAAAAUAUUAUGCAGCGAGUACAGAUCCAGCAUCGAGCAUUGAUUCUGGAAACGAAUGCAAUGCUAAAUUAUUAAUUUGGGAUGGCAAUCCCACACGAGGAUUGGAUACCAGCAAGAAACACAUGCGAAAGUCAAGAUUAAUGGGACAAUUUUGCAAGGACGACAUACCCUUGUUGUGUGACCACAGUCUACUGAGAAAUAGCAGUAGACAUACGAGACCCUGCAGUCUAUCUGAGAGUUAUGUAUCUGCAUCACGUGAUUUAACCCUUGAGCAUAUACUACGUCAGGGUAGUGCACUGUAUCCAAUAUCCUUUGUCCUUCGUUACGAAUUUGUUCAUGAUUCAAUGUCCUGUCACAUGGUGUUCUCAGCAUCAUCAACUCCAACAUCUCAAUCACCUGGACAAUCAGUUCAGUCUAAGAAAUCCACGAUAACUGGCAAAUUUACAUCACCAAAGAGUGUAUUUUUCUAUGGACGUGGUGGAGCACAGAAUCUCAGCUGUGUUUACAGAUUCGAGGCUGAGGCUAGUCAACGAAUUGAGAUAACAUUGUCGAGGGCGUCCUUCGGUGAUAAAGUGUGUAUGUCAUACGUUGAUCCACUGGUCAAUCGAUGGGCCUGCGACAGACGAAUUUCUGAUGAGGGAAAGAAAGGAUAUGCUGAGCUUGUUGUCUCUGAAUAUCCCUGGAAUGGUGUUAAACUUUAUCGUGAUUGCUUGUGCUCCAAUAUCACUGACAAUGGAAUAGCCCUGACAUCGUUGACAUCGAGUGUAGUUGAGCUCAAGUUUACAGUUACGAGAAUGAAUGUCACACAGGAUUACGAUGAUUUUUUCUUCGAGGGGGAGUAUCAGUUCGUUGAUAGCAGUGAGGCCAGUGAGCAGAGCUGUUCAUCCAACUUCGAGGAGAGAAGACUUGGGGGAACAAGUGGUGAAAUAUCACUGCGAAGUCCAAUGACUAAUAGACUGGAUCAUGAUGAUGCGGUGAUUGAUGUCGCUGCUAUUGAGGAAGUCCUUCAGCGGGCAAAUACUGACAAUACCGAGGAUGUCACAUCCACUCAGUGUGUCAAUGAGCCCUGGCUCAUCGAACCUGAAGAUCCGAGAAUUCAUUUUAUUUAUCUGAGAACUACUGGAUUUGCUAUUAAUGAUGACAAUGUCGAGGAUUGCAGUACUUUGAAUCGGAUUAUUGUGUAUUCGGCUGGCAAUACCAGGGAGAGAAGUGUUAUUUGUCCGGAGAGUGGGACACAUGUGGGAAAGAAAAUCAAGACUGUGGAUUUUUUCUCAGGGGGAUGGAAUUACUCGAGUGUUACCAAUGCCAGUGGUAUUGGGGUGAUGAUGCAGCAUGCGAGAAGCUUUGUUGUUGAGUUUCUCCAGAGGGAACAUGGAUUCUAUGCUGUUACGUGGAUAGCUAUUUCCAAGAGGGGGACUGCACAGGGUGGCUCCUCGGGGGGAAUCGCUGCUGGGGCACCCCAUGAACAAUGCCCUUAUCGAUGUCCAGAAAUCCAGGCAUGCAUAAGCUCGGUCCUGUGGUGUGAUGGUGUCCGUCACUGUCCAUCAGGCUUCGACGAAGAGGAGGAGAACUGUUCCUACCGUUUUGGUGUAACACUUCUGUACGUAGCCAUUGGCGCUGGUGCCUUGGGUAUUUUCCUGAUUCUCCUUCUGGCAACGGGUUGCCUCAAAUACUGCAUAUACCGUCACAAGACCAGAAAGAAGAAGAAAAAUGUUGCUAUGAAUGUCAAUCACCUCCAAGUGAAUCACACCCAUCAGCAUCCCCAUCAGCAUCACAAUAAUGGUUUAACCAGUAAUAGAAUGACUGGUCGAUACAGUAUAGGUACACCCCAGGACAUGUACAUGGAUAAUUACGGCAAGGACAGUAUUUGUUGACAAUACGCCAUAGCUGAUAUAGAGACGACCGUUUGACAAGGAGAAAAAAAAAUGAAAUUUUUCCUUGAAAAUUUCGGGUGAAAAUUUUUUAAUCAAUUUAUUGUAACGAAUGGAUUGAGUAAUGGUACAGUUGAAGGGAUGACAAUUAUCGAUGAGCGAUGAAUAAUCGUUAGCCGAACAACUGCUCAAUAUAAUUUGUACAAAUUAUGUACAAAAAAAAAAAAUACUCAUGACGUGUACGUGAAUUCACUUCAUUUUUUCCACGUAUUUUAAAUAAUUAUAGGCAACUGUAAGGCCGAGUCGUGCGGUAAAUUAAUCUCUCUUUUUUAUUGCAAAUGAGGUCCACAUUAUCGUGCCAAAUAGUCAUUCACGAGUGAUUGUUGUUAGCAUGAGGCAACAAUUGGUUUUUUUUUUAUCGUGGGGAUUUUUAAUGAUAAACUCAAUAAGUAGGAUUAGACUCAGAUGGGCUGUGUGGAGAGGGAUCUGGGGGAGAUGUGUCCGAGGAGGCAUCGUAUUCAUACCAAAGAUUAUCGUUGGAGUGGAGCACUGGCUCGACUGUCGCACAAGAAACUUGAACUGCUCAAAUUGGGGUACUUUCCGGGGGGAAGUAGAUGGGGUUUUUGCGCGAUUUUCACGUGUAGGGGAUUAACUCGGGAGUGAGUGGCUUUGGGAAAUUCUCGGGGGAUUUUUUGCGGUAUAUUUCCGAUGUUACGGAAGGUCUCCUUCGAUAUUUUCUCCAGCGGCCAAGUGCUCUCGGAAUGAAGGAAAAAAUAGUUGAGGAAAGGGGAAAAAAAUUGAUUAAUAAUUCAAUCAAUGAUUAUACUUGCAAUUUUUUCCCCCGCUAAAAUGCUAAUUCAGCACCAAACGAGAUAAAUUGAGUCAUUUUUGGAUCGAGUUUGUUAACAAUAUCUCCGAAUCUAAUGGAGAUAGCGGAAAUUUUGUCAUGACAUUUGUUGUAACCCUUAAUUUGCUUCAUAAAAAAGGUCAUGAUAAAAAUUUUGAUAUUUUCCCUAGAUUUCGAGAUAUUUAUCAAAACAACAGUCAACAGUCAAAACUGACUCAUCUCCUUUUACCACUUCGCUAGUGAUUUUUUUCCCCAUUUAAAAUAGUGUAACUUAUGUUUUUGUAUUAUUUACACUAUUCAUAUUAUUACUGAUAAAACAUUAUAUAUUUUUCCCAUUAACAUUGUAAAUCUGGAGUUUGCACUUUUUCAAAUAUUUACAUAUUUUUUCGAUGUAAAGUUACCUUUUCAUUUUUAUAAAUUUUUAAUAUAAUUGCCUUUAUGUGACUUCCUCAUCCCUUUAAAAAAUCAAAUAAUAUACAACAUUGGUUUGAAUUUCUGCCUAAUUUUUCCUCGACUGUUUUCUCCACAAAAAGACAAGUGCCCCAAGAGACCAAACGGCAACUGCUCAAUCUUUUUUUUCUGUAAAGAGCGAAGAACUGCCAGUUCCGCCUGAUUCUUGUCCGCGGGACAUACGACGUUGUAAUCCAGUGUAUGAGAUAGCGAUAUUUAAUUCGUCGAGGUACAUGUGCUUUGUGGUAUCCGCUAGAUCCAUCAAUUCACGUCAUUUUAAUGAGGAAUUCCGAGGUGAAAUGGUGGAACUCAACUCGUCUCGUAAAAAUUGAGAUUAUCUCAACAACGAAUGUUAACGGGAUAAUGUCAAGGGGCUUUUUUUUUUCUCGGUAUUUUUAUGACUGACAAAAAAUUUGCCCCAGUAUUUUACACCCGAGUCCGUUGAUUACGCGAUAAUUACGGAAUUAUUACGACAUCUCAUCACCUCGAUCCGGCAUUGGACCGGUGUAUGCAUAAGUCGAACACUAAAAAUAAACUCAAUUAAUGAAAUAGCAGGAGAAAUUUGAUAUUGCCAUUUGCGAGAAAACUGUGGGGGGUGGGGGCUUGAUGAUUGAAUGAUAAUAGCAAUCAAUGUAUAGUAGUUGAUUAAAAUCUUUUGAUCUCUUGAGUCGUUUUAUUUUUGUAUUAAUAGUUUUAUCGGAGGAACAACAAUAAUUGUAAUACUGUGCACUCAAUGAUAUCGUAUACACCACGAGACAUCCUUAUGCUGUGAUAGAAGUAAGCGUAUCAACAAUCCAAUUUAUCAUUUACCUUUUUUUAUAUUUUUCUAGAAUUCUAUGAUGCAGUUAACAAUAAUUUCUGGAAAUUUUUUAUUUCUGUAAAUUUUUGGUUCUAGUGCGUCAUUAUGAAUCUGAGGAGAAUGUAACACUGUGGCAACGAAUUUUCAAGUUACGGGGAGGAUUAUUAAGAGAAAUAAUAAAUAAUGAAUUAAUGAGUGAGUGAAUUAAUUGGAGUGGGAGGGGAAGCACUGCAGAAUUUUACGAGAGCAUUUUAAUAAAAUAGAGAAUUGAAACACAAUUGCAUGUAUGUACGUACACGUAUAGCACACAUCGGCUCGCACACGUAGUGUUAAGUAACUUGUUAAUUUCAAUGAUGAAAUAACAAAUGACAACAAAUAAUAAUAACUUAAUUAUACGAUGGAAGAUUGAGUGAAUUAAUUGAUAAAAAAAUUGAAAUAAUAAUAGGAUUAAGGGAAUAUUGAAUCAACGUGGCCUUGAUUCAACGACUACAGUUUCUAAGCAUGACAAAACACGUUGCGUUACGUGGAUUGUACUGUAAUCUCGUGUUUAUAAUUUUAAUAAAAUGUCACAGCGUU